UGGCAGAUCCCUAGACACGCUGCUCCUUAGCUGCCUCACUACUUUCCUUCGUGUGGUGGAAUCCAAAGAGUAGAAAAAUAAAAAUAAAAAGAAAAGGAAACAAAAGAGUCCCAAAGCAGAGUAAAGUUGGCACUGUCCAUCGACAAAAGCAGCUCUUUUUCCACCAUUAUCGAUCCAUCCCCAGUCUGAUCCUCCACACUUUCCUGCUUCACUGUGAACUCUUUUCAUAUUGCCUCUUCCAUCUGAAUCUCAGCACCAAACCCUUGUAUUUUCCUUCUCGGAAUCUGCCCUUUGUACCUUAUCAAUAUAUUCCCCAAAUUAAUAUGUCUAGAGUGGUUGGCAUUUUUGCUUGUCUGUUGAUUGUUGUGAUGGAUAUUGCUGCAGGCAUAUUGGGUAUCAAAGCAGAAGCUGCUCAAAACCAGGUUAAGCAUAUGAGGUUGUGGCUAUUUGAGUGCAAAGAGCCAAGCCAUGAAGCCUUCACCUUGGGGCUGGCUGCAGCCGCCCUUCUGGUUCUGGCCCAUGUUCUUGCCAACUUGAUUGGUGGGUGCAGUUUCUGCACUCAAGAAGACAUCCAAAAGGCUUCCCCUAGCAGGCAAUGCUCCCUGCUUUGCCUCCUCCUCACUUGGGUUGUAUUGGCCGUCGGAUUGGGGUUGCUGGUGAUUGGGACCCUGUCAAACAACAAGUCGAGAGCAAGCUGUGGUUUAACACACCAUCACUAUUUGUCCCUUGGCGGCAUUCUGUGUUUUGUCCAUGCAGGAUUUUCUGUUGGGUAUUACGUUAUUGCCACUGCCACACCCACCGAGUAAUUGAGUAAUUAUAUAUAUAUAUAUAUAUCAAGGGCACGGAGGUCAUAUUGUACUUCAAGAAUCAACAAGCAUUAGCUAGCUAGCUAGCCAGGGAAUAUCACUUUCAAUCAGAAUGACAUAAUUUACUAGCUUUUGUCCA